AUGGCAUCUUCGAAUCUACCAGAGGCUAUACCAGCCAAGAUAUCUCUCGCUAAUCUUCAGAACUGCUUUGCCAAUCUGCCACCUUUUCUAUGUGCUUCGCUUGAUAGUCUGAAUACGCCGUCGCAAAAUGUCUUGAUCGAACUUUCGUAUGAUGAUUCGACUUCGGCUGACGCAUCGGAGUCAGCCGAAUAUUUGAAAACAAGAUCCGUCUUUCUUGGAUGGACAGGACUACAGAGCCGACAGAGAUCUCGCCCAUCAGAGGAACAACAAAGUUUGGGGAGAGAAAGAAACCGCCCCAAUGCUAGAGAACCAUCUUGGGUGGACAUUGAUGCCGCAUUCGCUCAGACCUUGGGAAUUCCUGAAGGACAAGAGAUCACUAUUACAUUGCGUUGGAAAGUCCGUCGCACCAUCAAUAUCGAGCCUCUUACGCCGGAAGACUGGGAGAUUAACCUGAUCAGACGAGUACGCGCUUUGCCUAACCCAGGUUACCAUCGCUCCGAUGAUGUACGCCAUUCAGACCAUCCAAUCACUCUCCAUCUGACCCCCACAACAACAGCAAAUAUCAAGGUCGUUUCUCUCCAACUCGAAACAGACUCACUAUAUGUUAAGCUGAACCCCAAUGCAGAAGUCAUUAUUGCACCGAAAUCGAGACAGAGGCCCUCUCGUAGUCACUCACGAGCAGACAGCAAUAGCAGAGCUCGUGGAGCCCCUCAAAUCAAGCUAUUUCUCAGAGGAAUUGAUAGAGCACGCCGUCCAAAUUUGUUCAAUCGCCAGCAAGAUGUGAAUGAGGGAUUAAAGGUCUGGGUUGACAGCGAUACGCGACGCACCGCACUCUUGAAAGGAAUCAGUUGGGUAUCCGUGUCGAGCCUCCAUCAACCAACAUUCCAGGCCAAGGUGAAUCCCCGACAUGGCCAAGACGGUGCGGAUGGAUUGACCUUGCCUUGGGUUUCUCCGAAAGUCGUAGCCAAGCUGGAGGAAUGGCAAGAUGCUCCAGACAACCGGCACGUUGCUUUAUCCUCGUCACUCUGUGUAGCGUUGGUUUCCGAGGGCAUGGCUUUAGGUGCUCAAAAUGUUCAUAUUUACCCAUUCAUAGGUAGCGCGCGGGAAUCGACAGGUGCUCUCAAACUUGGGCCUACCGCGAAGCAAGGCCGACAAGAAGCUGGAAAAUCGAUUCUCAACAUGUACAAGCAACCCAGCGCCUUCCGGGGUCUUCUGUACGGCCCUGUCACGGAUGCCUGGCCCAAACCUACAAAGCCCAUCGGCAACUGGUUCCUUGACUCAGGUCGAAUAUCCUCCAUCGAAGUUGAAGAGCCAAUUCCCUCGCCAAUUUUGAAUCCCAACAAAGAUCCCUUGGAUGAAGCGGUUCCAUUCCUUGCUGGCGUUGAUGACAUCGUCACAGACGUCAAGUCGCACUUGUUGCAUGAGUCUUCAGUAUUGCUCAUAGGAGGCCCCGGCGCAGGCAAAAGCUCCGUCAGCUUAUUUAUUGGGCAUCAGUUGAGAUCUGAGCAAUUGUUUCAUAGCAGAUACAUUUCUUGCCAAAAGAUGUCAGCAAAUGAGGAGCGCAUUACUACUAUCAGAGACACUCUUGAACAAUCCUUCCUCCAAGCAACCUUGAGUACAAGACUGGGCGGCUGUGCUCUGGUAAUACUGGACGAUGUCGACAAGCUAUGCCCUGUUGAGACUGAACUUGUGGUUGGAGGCGAUAAUGCUCGCUCGAAGCAGAUGAGUGAGAUGAUUGCUUCAGUCAUAAAACGACACUCUGCGCUGGGCGGUGGGGUGGUGGUACUCGCGACUGCGCAGAAGAAAGAAUCCCUGCACAAUGUCAUCAUUGGAAACCACGUGUUCCGCGAAACCCUUCCUUUGGAUGUCUCAAACAAGGUGUGUAGGAGGAAGAUCCUGGAGGCGGUGAUACAACAAGGCACAGGUGCAGAAAAUGAAGAAGGUGAAGAAGAAAGGGAGGGUCUCAUCAUUAGUCGUCCAGAAACGGCUGACGGUGCCCAACCAGAGACCUCCAGUGGAUCAUGGAUGGACAUUUUCGGGUCUACAGCGGCAGUUCCAGUAGCCAAUGCUGCCACUUCACGCAUGUUCAAACUCGACGUAGACUUUGCGGAUCUUACGAAUCUCACGGAAAGUUACAUGCCCCGAGAUCUUGUUCUGGUUGUAGAACGAGCAAAGUAUGUUGCUUUGGCCCACUUCAUAUCACACAACCCGGAGGAUGGCAGCAAGAUGAGUGUCCCUCUCACGAGAGAACAUUUCGAGGAAGCCCAGAAGGGAUUUACACCAGUCGCGUUACGAAACAUGUCUCUUGGGACUUCAACUACGACAUUUGACUCUAUUGGCGGCAUGAAGGAAACCCGCAGAGUUCUUUUGGAGACUAUCGAAUACCCGACACGCUACGCACCUAUCUUCGCGCAAUGCCCGCUUCGACUACGUUCUGGUCUCCUUCUCUACGGAUACCCAGGAUGUGGAAAGACUCUGCUAGCUAGCGCUGUUGCUGGUGAGUGCGGAUUGAACUUCAUCUCCAUCAAAGGCCCAGAGAUUCUCAAUAAAUAUAUCGGCGCGUCUGAGAAGUCUAUUCGGGGUCUAUUUGAGCGAGCGACUGCCUCAAAGCCCUGCGUUCUUUUCUUCGAUGAAUUCGAUUCGAUUGCACCGAAGCGUGGAAGUGACUCAACUGGAGUGACAGACCGUGUCGUCAAUCAACUGUUGACUCAGAUGGAUGGUGUCGAGGGCUUAUCUGGCGUUUAUGUCCUUGCUGCAACGUCCAGACCCGAUCUUAUUGAUCCUGCGCUGCUCCGGCCCGGCCGCCUCGAUAAGUCGCUCUUAUGUGAUUUGCCGCACCUGGACGAUAGAAUUGAUAUUCUGCGGUGUCUUUUGAAGAAGCUAAAGCUUGACGAGGACCUCCAAGGAGAGCUUGACAAAAGGCUGAGGGACGUCGCGUCGAGGACCCAAGACUAUUCAGGAGCCGACUUACAGGCCCUUAUCUCCAAUGCACAACUUGAGGCCAUUCACGAGUACCUAGGAGACAAAGAUACCGGGGUUAGCUCCGCAAAAACGAAUGGAAAGACGCGAGUCCAAGACUCUCGAAAGCCUAGUAUCGUACAGUUCUGGUACGGUGCAGAACAGGACCGGCUGCGCUCUGAUGCCAACUCUAGCGACCGGCGCACGCAGGUUAGGAAACUUGCUGAGUAUGAAGAAACGGUUGUGAAGCUACGUUCCAAGGGCAAGUCAAGCCGACGAGGAGUCCAGAGCGAAGGAGAUCAGAAAUCAGACGACAAAGUGUCACAUAAGCCGGAGAUCCUACUUGCUCGGAGGCAUUUAGAGGGGAGCUUGCGUGUUUCACGGGCUAGUAUCAAAUCUGAUGAGAAACAGCGAUUGAGUUUAGUCUAUGAUGAGUUUGUUGGUGGAAGGUCUGCUGAGCUACAGAAUGGUCAAAGAGGAACAGCCGUUGGCAGUAGGGGAACCUUGAUGUAA